AUGCCGGAAGACGAUCGUGAUUGGGCGAAGCCACAUCUCGCCAUUGUCGGCGGAGGAAUUGUGGGAGUGAUUCUCACCUUGGGGCUUCUGCGGCGGAAAGUGUCGGUGCGCUUGUAUGAACAGUCGACUGGUUUCCAGGAGAUUGGUGCAGGCAUCGCCUUUUCGGCGUGCGCGCGCCGCUGCAUGGAACUGAUAGAUCCCUUGAUAAUUGAGGCACUGCAAAGUUGUGGCGCCGUGUCCGUGUCUGAUGACACAAAUGACCUGCGCUGGGUUGACGGCUAUAACCAACCCUAUGCUGAUGACCCCCGUUACGAGAGGCCGCUGGCUGAGAUCAGCGGUAGUGGUUUCAGGGGCUGUCGGCGAGACCAGUUCCUCGAAGAGCUAGCUAAGCAGAUUCCUGGUGGGGUGAUUGAAUUUCGCAAACGAUGUCAGACCAUAAGCCAGAAGCAAGGCGGACGAGUAGUGAUCCAAUUUUCGGACGGGUCUGUGGCCGACGUUGACGCUGUGAUCGGCUGCGACGUGGCCAACAAGUCAGCGCUGAACGUGGUCGCCUUUCUCUCGGACCCUGACCCGUGGCCUGAUCGAAAUACUAUGGUGGCUGAGGGUACCCGCAACGAAGUGGAAAGCGGGCUACGAGACUGGAACCCAACCGUGCUAGGUUUAGUCCAACUUCUCCCGGAGAGACUGAUUAAAUGGGGUGUCUUCGACCUCGGCGAGUUCCCCGCGCCGCGGUAUUACAAUGGUCGAGCCGAGACGUGCUUCGAAGAAAUCCGGGACCGUUCCUACGAGAUCUGGCAUUUUAACGUUGACACUUUCGAGCAAGUCCGAGAUAAAUUCGGCUAUCUCGAUAUCCUCGUGAAUAACGCAGGUGCUGACCUGGACCUGGCCGUCGCGUCGGGGCGGAUCACCAAGCGCGAGUGUUGGAACGAGACCUGGGAUGUUAAUGUAACAGGCACGCAUCUCUUCACGGAGGCUUUCGCGCCGCUUUUACUGGUCCCCAAGGCGCGCGGCUCGCGUGUCCUCUUCAUCACUAGCGCGUUGUCUUCCAUAUCCGAAUUUGCGAACGGAACAAGUCCCCGCUACGUGCUCUCGCCCCCAGGAUGGCCCAAGCCGAGCACUCUAUACCUGGCUUAUCGCGCGAGCAAGAGUGGAAUGAACAUUCUGGCGGUGGAAUGGGCGCGUCUCCUACGCAAUGAUGGCGUCAAGGUCUUCAACGUGUCGCCGGGAUUUCUCAACACGGGAUUGGGGGACGAUCGCGCUACAGGGAAAUGGAGGGAUAAAAGCUCUUGGGGUGCCCUUGAUCCCGCGAUUGGAGCUGCCUUCUGCGUUGAUGUCAUCGACGGCUUGCGGGAUGAUCAGGUGUGGCCCAUUCGAGUAUUGAGAAGAGAUGUCGUGCAGCAGUGGUAG